UUGACAUACCUUUACGAACGUUUCAACAGCUUCUUUCGCAACGUCUAGCAGCGUUGGGCGUCUACCCAAAUAAACCCUCUGAUUCAUAGAAGCAGAGGUGUCUAUGAGAAAAACUAUAAUAGUCAUUUCGAAAAACGUCGUUAAUGCUCCCGAAUGAAUCAAAACAAUCCCUUAUGAGGGCCAGAACAUAAAGGAAGGUUCAAAACUUCAUUGCUUAGCCGAUUAGCGCAGCUGACCUGCAGCUGCCUCGUCAAGCAGCUGAAAACCCUUUCAAAGGUUCCAAACUUAUAAUGCUGUCCAAAAUAUUCACAAACUGUCACCGGGAUAACUAUGAAAGUAAUGCAACCACGGAAACUGGAAACGCCUAGCUGUCCGAGUAUCGUUUAGUAUGUAGCGUAUCAGUACAACAGACGACAGUCCCAUAAUUCCGUGUUCAUGUGACGUCAGUUGUCGAAAGCAAAUGCGGGAAAUGGCUGUAUGAUUAUAUGGUGUUGGUUAGUGGUAUAAUUUAUUUAAACUGCAUGUUCAUUUCACAGCAUGAAAAUCGGUAAACUCCAGUGAAUUUGAGUACACCUUAUUUAUUUUACUGGUAAUAAUGAUAAUUGCAUAAACCUAUUUCAAACCCUCUACUAAUUAUCAAUUUUAGUGAACGCCAAUUCUUGCGAAUCUUCACAAGUGUAAAUUUUUUGUACAAGAACAUUGAGUAUUUUGUUCAACUUCAUUAGAAAAUUAAACUAUAUAAAAUGAGUAGUAAAAUACCAGCCAAGAAGAUAAAACUAGAUGUUGCGUCAAACUCCAAAACGUCUGAAGAUUCAAGUGAUGCGUCCAGUAUUCUUAGAGAAUUAAUUGAACAUCGUCUGAAGGUGGCUUCGUCUGUAUCAGAUUUCAAAUUCAAUAAGAAAAGGAUUCGUGUUCUGUCAAGAGCAACAGAGGUUCCAGAAUCUACUCAGGGAGUAUUAUAUUGGAUGUCUCGAGAUCAACGUGUACAAGAUAAUUGGGCAUUGCUGUAUGCCCAAAAACUGGCAUUGAAGAAUAAGGUGGGAUUACAUGUUUGUUUUUGUUUAGUUCCAAAGUUUCUUGAUGCAACAAUAAGACACUACGAUUUUCUUUUAAAAGGUUUAGAAGAGGUUGCUGAAGAAUGCCAUUCUUUAAAUAUACAAUUUCAUUUGUUUUUGGGUUAUGCUGUGAAAGUUUUGCCCGAGUUUGUUUCCAAAACAAAUAUUGGUGCAGUAGUGACAGAUUUUGCUCCACUUCGUGUUCCUUUGCAAUGGGUGAAUGAAGUUAAAAGUAAAUUACCAGAGAAUGUACCAUUCUGCCAGGUGGAUGCUCACAACAUUGUUCCAUGCUGGAUUGCAUCGGACAAGUUGGAAUAUGGGGCUCGAACAAUCCGAAACAAAAUCAAUACGAAGUUACCAGAAUUUUUGACGGGCUUCCCUCCUGUUAUUAAACAUCCUCAUGAUGCCAGUACAAAAGCUCCACUUAUAGAUUGGGUUGCUGCCAACAAAACCUUGGAAAUAGAUAAAACUGUUCUUCCUGUAAAAUGGGCAACUCCUGGUACAACUGCUGGAUUUAAAACACUUGUAUCAUUUUGUGAGAAGAGAUUGAAAAAGUUCUCUGAGAAGAGAAAUGAUCCAACUCAGGAUGCUCUUUCAAAUUUAUCACCAUGGUUUCAUUUUGGACAAAUAUCUGUGCAGAGGUGCAUUCUCAAAGUUAAAGAAUACAAAUCCAAAUACCCGAGCUCUGUGGAUGCAUUUUGUGAAGAAGCUAUAGUACGCCGAGAAUUGGCUGAUAAUUUUUGUUAUUACAAUGAGAAAUAUGAUAGUAUUGAGGGCACAAAUGCUUGGGCAAAGAAAACUCUUGAUGAUCAUCGAGAAGACAAACGGGACUAUGUUUACACACGUGAAGAGCUGGAUAAGGCUUUAACACAUGAUGAUUUGUGGAAUUCUGCCCAGAUACAGCUUGUUAAUGAAGGUAAAAUGCAUGGAUUUCUUAGAAUGUAUUGGGCAAAGAAAAUUCUUGAAUGGACAAGCUCCCCGGAGGAAGCCUUGGCAGUUGCAAUAUAUUUGAAUGAUAGAUAUUCAUUGGAUGGACGAGAUCCUAAUGGAUUUGUUGGAUGUAUGUGGUCGAUUUGUGGAAUUCAUGAUCAAGGUUGGGCAGAGCGUGCAAUAUUUGGCAAGAUACGUUUUAUGAACUAUCAAGGAUGCAAAAGAAAGUUUGAUGUGUCGGCCUUUGUGGCGAGGUGGGGUGGAAAAGUUCACAAAUCCAAAUCCAAAAAUUAGAAAUUUAUCAAUCGAUACAUGAUUCCUUGACAUACGAGAUGUUAAUAGAUGUUUGCAAAUCACGUGAUAAAGUAGCAUAUCAGUGGAGUUAUCUAAUCAUGACUUUCAAACUGCUGCUAAAUGCCUUGAUGAGCUGAAUCCUUUCACACAUUAUUGAAAUAAAUUAUGUAUAAACAUUUUCUCCUUUCUAUCUCAAUCAAAUAGUUGUUGCACAAUUAUGUAUGUCCUUAGGAAACAAUGGAUAGAAAAAUUGUGUUUAUCAGAAUCUCAAAACGUAUUUUUUGUUUAAUGGAAAUGGAACUAUUGUGUAAUGUUAAAAAAGGUUGGGAAUAACUUUUGCUUUCUUAUGAUGAUGUAUUCAUGAAAAGGAUGAAGUUUAAAUAUGUUAAACUGUAACAGGGAUUUGUUUGGUAUGUUCCACACAUGUGCCUGAUGUAUAUUAUAUUAAAUCACUUUUUGAUACUGCUGUGUCUCUUUAUCUCAGGGAUAAUUAUUGUAGUUCUUUCUAAAGAUAUUGGAAAGAUUUUUCAGUAUUCAUAUUUGUUUUUCUUAAUAAUUCCAAAACGUGUAUUUUGAAGUAACAGUGUGUAUUAAUGAUACUUACUAGUUUGUGACUUAUUAUGCAAGUCUGAAUGUAUAAACGUUUUAGAACUACUCAUCAGCAAGCCUAAGAAUCUACUUUUUAUAUUUAAGGUUGUGAUCGAUCCAUACCUAUAUUGCUUUAUAUUAUUUGAUGCAUAUCCAGUAUUAGUUAAAAGUAAUGAACUGAGGAAUGAAUAAUGCUCUCUAUAGUACCAAAUAGUUUUUUUAAUGUACAAAAUCCAAUUUUUUUGUGUAUUCGGAUUUACUUAGUUGUAAUUUACUCAGCCAUGUUUAUAUGGAAAGUAAAUGUUAGGGGGUGAUAAGUGGAGAAUAUAAUUAAUACACUCCUGAAGAUAUUUACUUUCAUUAAGGGUAGUCUGAUUAUAAAAGUUAAUGUCAUUUUUUGGCUUAUACCAAAUUCUAUUUUGUGAAGGUGACAUUUCAAAAUCCAUGAAUUUCUACAUUGGAAAUGUCCAUAGACAUCUCCUAUUAAAAUUAAUUUCAUGACGUAUUUAAGGUAACGUUUGAGAUAGAUCUCUAACAUUUUUCUGUUCCCUGGUUCUACCAAUCACUUUUUGGAAAGUCUGUCGAAUACAACUGUCACAAUAUAAAAAUGCAAUUUUAUGGACAACAUUUUCAAUAUUGUGUGCCUAGAGUUUGUCUUUUGUAUUUUUAUAUUUUCAGUGUUAAUGUGUUUCUAGCAGUGUUGGUAAUACCAUUUACGGAUAAAGAGUUUUCUGUAUUGUUCACAAUUGUUGAAAUAUAAGGAAUUGUAAUAUACCGCAUUCUGACAUUGCUACGGUAGGCAUUUAUGUUUUGAACCUCCACAAAAUUAGUGAAUACAACAUUUGAUAUAUUUGUAAUAAAUGUUUCAGGAAAUCCUUUUAUAUUGCAUAAUUUCAACUUUUACAACAUGUACCUCAUGAAAACACUUAUCAGAUAAUCUCCUUACCUUUUCAAUUUUCAAUUAUCUCUUGUUGAACUGGGUGUUCUGGAAGGAAGUUUAAAGUUUGGCUCUUUGCCAAGUCUUUAAUAUACCAAUUGGAAGAAAUUUUACUGUUAUUUUGCAUUACAGUAUGAUGAAGAUAAUUAGACUCUUGCCUUUCUCUGCUUCAUGAGUACAUUGGAGACGAGAAUGAUGAAAAUUAAUCUUAGCAUGUCAUCAACAUAAUUUUUCUGGACAGUGAUCAAGAUGUCAUCAACAUAUCACUUUUAAAUGACCAUUUUAUUGUUCUGUAAUACAUUGGUUUUCAGUUGAUGCAUACCACCUCUGAAAAUGGAAAACUUCUCAAGCCACCAAUGGGUGUGCGAUCAAUUUGGGGUCAUGUUUGUCAUUUAUUUGAAUUUCAUAUUAUUCAUAGAUCAUCAUCAUUAAUAUCCAUAGGCCUUUUCAAAUAUCUAAUCUGUCCCAAAUGUGCCUUGGCUUUAGAAAUAAGGUAAUGAGGGGCUGAUAAAAACAUUGCUUCAUCUUGAUAACUAUUUUUGAUUAUGAAUUGAUUAUACAGCCCUGAACUUGUUUUAAACAUUUAUUUUACAAAAUUCAUGAAUUUGGUAUUAGGAGUACCAAUUGUUGCCGAACACGCUGUACCGGAUAGUUGUGUUUCUGUAUUUUAAUUAGUCUGUAUACUUGUUUUCAUUAAUCUAUUAAUGUAUUUUCUAAUGAAACUGCAGAGACCUCCUAUACAGUCUUGCUGUGUUGUUUGGCAAGGUAAAGACCAUAAACUUGGCCUCUUAAGUGAGCAAUGACAUAAAAACUAUAAAUAAUACAUUAAUAAAAGGGGAAAGAAAAAAUUGCCCAAACACAAUUAUGCUUACAUUCAGUUAGACAAAUUGCUGAAUAGUAAAGGUUUUAUUAUUUUCCAUUUAUUGUUUGAAUGCAUAAUUUAUUUUAUGGAAAUAACAUUUAAAAUGCUUCAUAAACUAUUGCUGCAAUAUUGUUGUUAUCUUUUUAUUCACGUGGUUCUGAGAGUUGCAUACCUUUUAAAUUUUAUUUAUGUGUUGAAUGUAAUGUAUGGAUUACAAUACACUUAUUGAAGCAAUUGUUUAUUCAAUAGUUAUUAUUCAAUAUAUUAUAUUAUUAUUUUUAUAAUAAUAAUUAUGUAUUUAAGCCAUUAUGAGGGGAUUUUGUAAACAUAUUUUAUAUACUGAUAAAUUCUUUUGAAGUAUUCAUAUUUUCAUUACUUAUUAUCCAUUGAUAUUAUUGAUGUUCAGCAAAUGUACAAAAUUGUCAGUAUUUAUAAUCAGCAUUUGAAAUUACCAUGUCAGUAAUUAUUGAACUGUUUUGUGUGAUAAUGUUGAUAAUUGGAAAAGUGUAAUUAUAUUUAUUUCCAAAUUUAAUUUCAUAAAAGGGGCAGAAUAAUUUUUUUGAAUUAAAAACUUACACAAAUCAUGAAGUACGAGAAUAAACUUUUUUAAUGAUCAGAAAGAAAAUUUCAUGUAAUGAAAAAAUAGUGUAGAACAAAGCAUGAAAUAUAGAAGAGCUGCUAGUUAUUUAAGGGCUGAUAUUUAAGUUUGAAGUGAAUUUCUCAAUGAAUGUUAUUUCCAUUUAGAUGUGAGAUAAUUAUUUUUUUUUUUUAGUUUUUGGUUUAAUUUGUUGUAAUUCAUUUUUUCAUUCUAGUGGUGCUAUUUCUAGUACUUAAUUUGUUCUUU